AUGGAGAAGAAAGAGAUGGGUGUGAUGAGUGUGAAGAGUGAAGAAGAUGUUGGUGUUGGUGGUGGUUCUUCAUCUUUGUUAAACGGUUUUCAGUUUUCAAGCGUGUUUGAUUUCUAUGAGGUUGAGAAAAGUUCUUCUUUAGGGUUUAUGGAGUUACUUGGUGUGGAAAACUAUAGUUCUUUGCUUGAUGUACCACAACUAUCAUCAACCAUGUCUUCGAUGGCUCAUCGCCAAACUACAAUUAUGUCUUCAUCUGAUACUAAUGGAAAAGACUGUUCUGAGGUUUUGAAUCAACUGCCUCAAACUCCUAACUCUUGCUCGAUUUCAUCGGCUUCUAGUGAAGCUGUUAAUGAUGAACAACACAAUAGGACUCUUGUUGACCAAGUCCAAGAAGAUGGUGAAGAAGAAAAACAAAAAACCAGCAAACAGCUGAAGACCAAGAAGACAAAUCAAAAGAGACAGAGAGAACCAAGAUUCGCGUUCAUGACGAAAAGCGAGGUGGAUCAUCUGGAAGAUGGGUACAGAUGGAGAAAGUACGGUCAAAAAGCUGUCAAAAACAGCCCUUUUCCAAGGAGCUAUUACCGCUGCACCACUGUUUCAUGUAAUGUGAAGAAACGUGUGGAGCGUUCUUAUACUGAUCCAACCAUUGUAGUCACAACUUAUGAAGGCCAACACAUUCAUCCAAGUCCAGCUAUGUCCCGUUCCGCCUUCGCCGGAGUUCAGAUACCACCACCUACUGGUGCACUCUCCGGUGGAUUUCCGGCCACUAACUUCGGUUCAGUUCUGCAAGAGAACAACUACUUAUUACAGUAUCAGCAGCAACAACAUCAUCCUCAUCAACAACUACUGGUUAAUACAUUGUCCUCUUUGAGUAACCCUUAUAAUUACAAUCCUUUUACUCAAGAGAAAAAGCUUUGUAAUCCAGGGACAACUACUUCCUUUCUUAGGGACCAUGGUCUUCUUCAAGACGUUGUUCCUUCACAUAUGUUGAAAGAAGAUGAAAAUUUUAUAUACCAAUAUGGAAGCAAGGUUAUAAAUAAGGAGAAUAAUUCAACCACUCUAAUCCAUUUAGAGGUAGAUGAAUAA